AAACUUGAAACUAAACUAAACAUAACCUUUCUUACUCUGAUUCCUUUGUAGCUCCAUAUCUAUAAAUAUAAAAUUUGAGUUCGACUAAGUUUUUUUUUAUUGUCUCAUUUGAUCAUGAAAAGAGCUAGAGUGAAAGCUACAAUUUGUGUAGGAAAAAAAAAGAAGGUUUCUUCUCAAAAACUAAUAGAAAACCAAGAUGAAAAAUGUGAUUCAAGUGAACAGAAAGUUAAUUCUCUAAAUGUUGAACAAAAAUUAGCUCAAGAAUCUCAAGAUGAACAAGUUAAACCUCCGGAAAUGGUUAUUUCUAACACAGAAUUCACAUCAAAGGAAAGCUCCAAAACUCCAAUUAUUCACCAAGAAAAUCCGAAUCCUACAGAACAUUCUAAUAUUCCAAUAGUUUCUAAAUUUCCAAGUAGUUCAACAAAUUCUGUUACUCCUGAACCUCUUAAAGAAAACUCAAUACCAGUGAUUAAUUGUGGUCUAAUGAACAGAAGCAAAAUUAAAGCAGUUCCUAAGUUGAAAGGUAGAAAAACAUGUUCUAAGUCAAUUUCUUCAGAAAUCACAGAAUCAAAAACUCAUUUUGUUCUAACUACAACUCAGGAAUCCUUAAAUACUCCAUGUCUUCAAGAAUCAACGUCAAAUUCUUCAGCCAAAUGUUCUUCCUCAGAAAAUGUUACUUCACCAUUGAAUUGUAUCAAUUCAAUACUACCAUUGAGUCCUAGCAAAAUUAAAAGUAUUUCUGCAUUAGAAAACAGACAUUUUUCUGGCUCUAGUGAUUUAAAAGAUGGAAGUGAGACAAUUAAUUCUGGAAUAAGAACACAAUCUGUUUCUGCAAGUAAUACAUGUCUUCAAGAAUCAACAUCUAAUUCUCCAGCCAAAUGCUCUUUAUCAGAAAAUGUUUCCUCACCUGUGAAUUAUGUACCUCCAUUAAGUCCUAGCAAAAUAUGUAGGAGCAAAAUAAAAGUUAUUCCUGUAUUAGGAAAUAGAAAACAUUUUUCUAGUACUAGUGAUUCAGAGGAUGGAAGUAAGAGAAUAACUUCUAGAACAAGAACAGAAUCUAAGUAUAAAAAAACGGAUACUUAAUUCCUCUACAAAAAUGAAAAGAUAUAAAAAGAAAAAUGGUCUGAUCUAGUAGAAAGUAUAUUUCCAAGGAGGAAUCACUUCUAAAAUCUCCAUUCGUUUUAUGAAGACAAAAAUGUUUCAAUGGAAGUUUAAGAAGGAAAAAAGGAAUUUUCAUGUCAAAUUGAUCCAAGUGAUUUGGAAGAUGAUAUCUUUUCAUUUUCAUCAGUAAUUUAAUGGACUAUGGUGCCAAGGGAAUGUAUGAUGUGAUAACUUAUACUGCCAUAGGAUAAAUAAAUGAUAUGUAAAAUCAAUGCAGUAUUUGAUAAUAAUAAUAAUUUAUUUGCACACAAGAAAUUCAUAAAAACAUACGCCAUCAAAAGUUUACAUGGCUUGUCAAUCAAAAAAUCUUAAACUAUAAAUGAGUAGUAUUGAAAGUCAUUGUAAUGAAAACAUGAAUAUGUUUGUAGUUACAAAUUAUCAAAUAAUAUUUACAAAAAUGAUUCCUAAAUAAAUCACUCAACCUGUA